AUGGCCUUCAACUUCAACUGGUCGCCGUUGACGGCUGACGCCGACUUCUACCGUCGCGCGCGCGACCUUUUGACCAAGGCGCUGAACAAGAGCCCCAAACCGCCCAUCAUUGUCGAUGAUAUCCUCGUCAGCGAGUUCAACCUCGGCACCGUGCCCCCCGACCUCGAGAUCCUAGAAAUUGGCGACUUGGCAGAGGAUAGGUUCCGGGGCAUCUUCAAGAUGACCUAUUCUGGUGAUUCUUUCUUGACGCUCAAGACAAGAGUUCAAGCCAAUCCGUUAAACACGUACCUAUACUCGAAGCCGACUUUCACCUCCCCUCAGCCCUUGGCCGCCGCGUCAGGCCUAACCAUUCCACUCUCGAUCACCUUGUCUGAAAUCAAGCUUUCGGCGUUCAUCAUCCUCGUCUUUUCAAAGCAAAAGGGCCUGACCCUUGUCUUCCGCAAUGACCCGCUCGAAUCCCUCAAGGUUUCGUCGACCUUCGACUCGAUACAGUUCGUUCGCGAUUAUCUACAAAGGACCAUCGAACAGCAAUUACGAAAUCUCAUGAUGGACGAGUUGCCCGCGAUUAUUCACAGAUUGUCCCUUCAACUAUGGUGUCCCGACCAAGCCAACAAGGGAACAGAAACCCCCAAGGAGACGGAAGACGAAGCAGGUGUCGACCCUCUGGCAAGCCCCCCGCUGGACCCUGUCGACGCCAACGGCAAUCUCCUCGACCCCAACGCCAUCUCGGAGCUUACGCUGAAUGGAAGCGGCGAGGUCAAAUCCUUGUUCUCGCAGAAGAACCUGCUGCGUCUUGCUGCCUUGACAGACUCCCACCGCACCCUAUCUCUCUUCACCCCCGGCAUUCGCGAUGUGGUCUUCCGUGCUUGGACAGGACACGAGAAUCGUUCUGAGGCGCCGACGCCAUCAAUCGCAACACCUUCUCUCACCAAGACCUACUCGUUCCCUGCCGGCACCUCUACGACAUACACUUUCUCCGACACCGGAAGCACUGCGCACGGUCAUCUCCCAGCUCGACCCUCACUUGUCAAUCUGAACUCGGCUACAACUGGCCUAUCACUUGGACCUGGCAGCCGAUCACGGGCAGGACGCAAGAAGAAGACAAGAGUGGUCAAUUUGAGGCGAACCAAGUCAGAGGCUGUUACCCCAGAGACUAUUAGCGAGGCCUCGGAGACCGAAUCACUCAACAUUCCAUUGUCUGAGCCUGCCCUUGACGACUCUGUUCCUGAAGAAACAGACGGUUCUGUCAUUGCCGAAGCGCCCACUCCGGCCAAGGUUCGAUUCAGAAGCGUGCAGGAGACGGGCCUUCCUCCGCUGAUGGCAGAGUUCCAAAAAUCACAACAAAUGGAACCCCUUUUGGUUUCUGCCCAAGCCCCUGAACCUCAGAACUUUGCACCUGCAGCUGCCACUACCGGCAUCAAGGCAGGAAAGGACAAAGCCUUUAUCUUGGAAAAUCAAAGCACUAGUUCAGAGAAUUCGUCUGUCAUUCUCGAACAAGCUUGGAUCAUGAAGAUGGCUGGCGAAAUUGCCAAGCGCGUCUACGACGAGAAAAACCGACAACGCGGAACCUGGGAGGAGCGCGAAGAUAUGCCACCACCAGCAUACGAAGCCGCUACUCGAUAA